CAUUCCAUUCCUUCACUACCCAUUAACUUCUUUCUCCCUCUCUCACCUCCUGUGAUCUGGGUUAGCCAUGAAUUGCUGUGACUCUCAAUCCUGCAAUUCUGAAACUCAGAUUUUGGCUGUUAUCCUUGAUUUGGAUGGGACCCUUUUAGACACAGAAAAAACAACAAAAUACGUUGUGAAGGAUUUUUUGGCAAAAUAUGGCAAGAUCCUGGAUAGAGAGAAGGAAGAUAAAAGGUUGGGUCAGAUGCACAAAGAGUCAGCAGCUUCCAUUGUUAAGGACUAUGACCUUCCCUUGACACCUGAUCAAUUUUCCAAGGAGAUCAUGCCUAUGUAUAAGGAGAGGUGGCCACAAGCCAAAGCUCUUCCAGGUGUUAAUCGCCUUCUCAUGCAUCUACAUAAACAUGGAGUUCCAUUUGCUCUUGCUUCAAAUUCCAUAAGGAAACACAUUGAUGAAAAACUCUAUCGCCAUGAAGGAUGGAAGGAAUUGUUUUCUGUAAUUCUUGGAAGCAAUGACGUUAAUUCUGGGAAACCCUCUCCUGACUUAUUUCUAGAGGCAGCAAAGAGAAUGGGUGUAGAUCCUUUGAGGUGUCUGGUGAUUGAAGACUCCUUACCUGGUGUUAUGGCUGCAAAAUCUGCUGGAAUGAAGGUAGUAGCUGUUCCAUCACUCCAAACUCAAGCUGAUCGUUAUUCAAUAGCAACUUAUGUGCUUCAUUCGCUUUUGGAGUUUCAGCCUGAGAUUUGGGGUCUUCCACCAUUUGACGACUGGGUGGAAAAUGCUUUGCCAAUUGAACCCAUGUAUGUGAAGGCUGUAGCUUCUGAUGGGUUUCUGAGUGAAGUUUCAGACAAUGAUUCAACCUCUCUUCCUGAUCAAAUUUCGGGAGUCUACUUCGGUUGGGCUAAACUUGGCACAUCUGGGAUCUUCAAAGCCGUGGUGAGCAUCGGAUGGCACGGCCAUUCAGUUGCAGCAAAGCAAGUAAUUCUGCCAUAUCUCAUUGAUGAAACAGAAGAGUACACAACAGAUCAGCCAUGGCAGCUUCUGCUUGUUGGAUACAUAAGGGAACUGAGUGGGGAGGUGAACACUUCCCUGGAUAUAGAAAUACUUGAAGAAGAUAAGUCCAUUGCCAUGGCUGCCUUGGAUCUUCCAGUGUUCGCCCAUCAUAGAGGCAGUCCUCUCUUAGCAGAAUAGCUUGAGUGAAUGAAAAUAAGGUUGUUAUGUGGAGCUAAUCUGUACUGGGUAAUUGGAUAUGGCGAACUGUAUUUUUUUGUUUUGAUAAUAAAAACCAAACAUAUUAAUUAAAAUGUCAUACGUACAUCAACUCCAUGGUGAA